AUGACAGACUAUAUUGAUGAUCCCUUCCAGAUGGAUGAGGAUAUAGGAACGAAACUGGAGAUGCUGCCGUCUCCUCAACCCGAGGCGGUCGUAAUAGCGAAUGUUGACGUCGAUAUUACUCCUCGGUACACUGAUCCAGCAAUGAUCUUAGACCAGAACAUAAUGUAUAAGGAUUCGAAACUUCUACGAACUCGACUCCAACAUAUCAAGUUAGAGGAAGGUGCGGGAACCACCACUGAAGAGGAUGAGAUGACAUACGAGGAAGAUGCCGACGACAAAUUCGAUGCUGAAGCAGCGGCCCGAAUUGAGGCGGAUUUCAUGUCCAAUGAUGCCAAAAUCAUGCGGUCACUCACUCCUCCAGAAAACUUUGGACCAGUUAUCAAUAAAAUUUAUAGGUCGUCGUUCCCACAGCCACCGAAUUUUUCCUUUCUCAAGACGCUUAAGCUCAAGUCAGUGCUCUGUCUCAUUCCAGAGGAGUAUCCUAAGACACACGAAGAGUUUUUCGAAAAGGAGGGCAUUCAGCUAUUUCAGUUGGGAAUGUCGGGAAAUAAGGAGCCAUUUGUGAAGAUCAGCAGCGAUUUAAUCACUGAGGCUGUUAAGAUCGUCAUGAAUCCAGACAACCAGCCAAUUCUCAUCCACUGCAAUCGAGGCAAGCACAGAACAGGAUGCUUGGUGGGAGUCUUGCGAAGACUUCAGGGGUGGUCACUAACCAUCAUCUUUGAUGAGUAUAGAAAGUUUGCUGCGCCAAAGGAAAGACCUAUGGACCAGCAAUUUAUUGAGUUAUAUGAUGUGACUGAAGCAUCACGAUAUGCAAAUGAGAACGGGCUACUUCCUAUGAAAUGGGACUAA